AUGGAGGCGAGUCAAUGGAUUAUCUUCACCUGCGUUCUCCUGGGGACGAUUUUCCUCGCCUUGGCUGGCAGCACAGAUCCCCCGUUGGAGGAAAACAGCCUGCAGUUGAAUCUGUUUCUGGAGGCAAUCAAUGAACUCGAACGCCAGCGAGUCCAGGAAAAUGCAGCAGGAUGGAGCCAUAAACCGAACUCUGUUAAGCAGCGCCCCAAUAGCAAGAAAAUGAAUUGGAAUCGCAAGCGUAGUGGUUUUCCAGGGUCCAAAGGCCUGGAAAGUCGGUCAUUUGCCGCCUAUUCAUCCUCCAUUUCGGAUCCACCCAAUCCCGAUUACAUCAACGUAAAGGACUAUGAACCCACACCUUCUCCAUGGUGGUUCAACAUUAAUUAA